UCACGUCAGAGGGGGUCACCCACCCACCCCUGGGCCUAGAUGCUCUCCCUGCCAGCCUCACCCUGCCUUCCAUCUCCUCUGUGUUUCAUCCUCCACGCCAAGCCAGACCCCAUGCUGCUCUGGACCGUGGCACUGCUCUUUGUUCCCUGUGUUGGGAAAACUGGCCAGCUGAGCCUCCAAGUCCGACCAAAUCCCAUGUUUGAAGGAAACAGCCUGACUCUGAAAUGCCAAGGAAGGGAUAACACAUUACUGUCCCAGGUGAAAUUCUAUAAGAAUGGAAAAUUUCUCCAUCUCUCUGAGGACAGCCAGACUCUGUCCAUGGGGAUAGCAACAGUGAACAGCAGUGGCCUGUACCACUGCACUGGGAACAUGACACACAAUCGCCAUGUGAUCACAGGGAUUUCAAAGACUGUCAUGGUUCAGGUCCAAGAGCUGUUCCCACCUCCUGUGCUGAGGGCCACCCCCUCUAACAAGCUCCUUGAGGGGAUACCGUUGACCCUGAAAUGCCAGACGAAGCUGCACCACCGGAGGCCAGCCCAGAGGCUCCGCUUCUCCUUCCACAAGGAUAGCCGCCCCCUCCAGACCAGGGUCCUCUACCCAGAACUCCACAUCCGAGCAGCCAAGGAAGGGGACUCCGGCCUUUACUGGUGCGAAGCAGCCCCUGAGAGUGGCCAGAUCCGGAAACGAAGCCCUCAGCUGGAGAUCAGAGUGAGGGCUCCCGUGUCCCAACCGCUACUCACCCUGAGACCCACCGGUCUCGCCGUGGGGGACGUGGCGGAGCUCCUCUGUGAGGCCCAGAGUGGCUCCCCUCCGGUCCUGUACUCCUUCUACCUCAACGGGGAGAUGCUGGGGAACCGCGUGGCUCCCUGCGGAAGAGCCGCCUCCCUCCUCUUCCGGGUGACGUCAGAGCGGGAUGCUGGGAACUACUCCUGUGAGGCUGAGAACAGUGUCUCCAAAGAGACAAGCAAACCUGGGGCCCUCUCCCUGGACGGUCUUCCGGUCUUGUCUGCCCCCACCAGCAGCAACGGGCUGGUUCUGUGGCUGCCUGCAAGCCUGCUUGGCCUGAUGGUCAUUGCUGCUGCACUUCUAGGGUAUUUCAGACCCUGGAGAAAAACUGGUCAGCAGAGUUCUGUUCUGCUUAGUAGAAGAGAAAGAAGGCACAAGAACUCCAGUGCACGUGUGUGCUCACAAACACCUGCUCUCGUACAGUGCUGUCCCCUGGGGCCCCUUCCACCUCAGGAUCUGCCCCCAGAGGCAGGUGGAGAGCAGCACCUGCUGAACAUCAAUUGUAAGGACUUGCAGCAGGACCAGGUUCAUUGCCAGAAUGAGAAUGAUGACGGGAUUAUCUACUCUGAGGUAUAUACAACCCCAAAUGAGAAUGAUGCCAAGCCUGCCAAGCCAGCCCAGAAGAAAAAGGACGUUUCUGUCAUCUACGCCGAGGUGAGAACCUGCAGCCCCAUGAGGUUCCAGCCAAGGGACUGAAUAGAAGAAGCAAAAGCCACAAAGAUGCCACUGGUGACAGUGAGGAGGGCCUCUGCUAGUGAUGAAGUCCCUCAAUGCAUGCCCAUCCAGCUGCAGCCUCCAGCACUCCCCAGAAAGCCAGGACCCCUUCUGUGGGUCCUCCUGCUCCUGAGCCCAGAAGCCAGAACCCCUUACAUGUUUUAAAAGAUACAUGAUUGGAGAAUCUAUCUGUUAAUAAAGGUGUUAUCAGUCUGUUUCCUGUUGUUCAUCGGUAGUGAUCAUUUGUACUGCCUGAUAGUCUGGUCUGGUAUGUUCAAGAAUGGACUCCCUGCGGACCAGGUGAUGAGAGGGGGGAGUCCA